AUGGCGUCAAAUAAGCCCAAUAAGUUGGCAUUCUUGUCGAUGCCUGCACCGGCGUCGUACGUUGCUGGUCUUGGUCGAGGCGCUUCUGGUUUCACUACUCGUUCAGAUAUCGGUCCUGCGAGGGAAGGACCCUCUGCGGAGGUCGUUGCGGAAGCCCAAGCACGUCGAGGCGAAGAGCCUGACGUCGACCCGGCCCAAUUCCAAGACCCAGAUAACGAAUACGGCCUUUUCGCGGGGACAACCUACGAGCAAGAUGACGAAGAAGCGGACAAGAUCUACGAACAAGUUGACGAGGCUAUGGAUUCGCGGAGACGUGCUAGGAGAGAGGCGGCAGAGAGAGCUCAAAUGCAGAAGCUGCGUGCCGAACGGCCGAAGAUCCAGCAACAAUUCGCGGAUUUGAAGCGAGGGCUGUCGGUGGUAACAGACGAAGAAUGGGAGAACCUACCUGAGGUCGGGAAUCUGACGAGGAAGAAGAGGAAGAGGGAGGAGAGGAGCUUUGUCGUCCCAGACAGCGUUAUCGUUGGAGACCGGGGCAAGAACGAGUACGACAACGCUCUGGAUCCGAGGCAGCAGCAGGCUGGAGGCUUCGAAACACCAGCCGACUCAGGAGCUCUCACCAACCUCGUUGAAAUAGGUCAAGCUAGAGAUAAGAUUCUGUCGCUCAAACUCGACCAAAUGUCUGGCAUAUCCAGCACCUCCGGCACCGCAACCUCCGUCGAUCCUAAAGGCUACCUCACCUCUCUCGACAGUGUCAUCAUCAAAUCAGAUGCAGAGAUCGGCGACAUCAAACGGGCGAGAAUGCUCUUCGAUUCGCUUGUCAAGUCCAACCCAAAACACUCUCCAGGUUGGAUCGCGGCGGCGUGUUUGGAAGAGCAUGCUGGGAAGAUGGUCGCCGCGAGGAAAAUCAUCAAGCAGGGCUGCGAGAUGUGUCCGAAAAACGAGGACGUGUGGAUCGAGGCGGCAAGGCUUCAUAAUAAUGAAGAUGCGAAAGUUAUACUCGCGAAUGCGGUCCAACAUGUCGGGCAAAGCGUCAACAUAUGGCUGAAGGCUGGCGACCUCGAGCAUGACGUAAAGGCGAAGAAACGAGUUCUUCGUAAAGCUCUCGAACACAUUCCCAACUCCGUCCGCCUCUGGAAAGAAACCGUCAAUCUCGAAUCAUCUGCAGUUGAUGCCCGAAUCCUCCUAUCCCGUGCUGUCGAAGUGAUACCCCACUCCGUUGAGCUCUGGCUCGCCCUCGCUCGGCUUGAAACACCGGACAAAGCCAAAGCCGUCCUGAACAAAGCCCGCAAAUCCGUCCCUACCUCACACGAGAUCUGGAUCGCCGCCGGCCGUCUGCUCGAGCAAGAAGCAUCUUCACCCUCCAAAACGCCCGAGCAGCGAAACAAAGAGUUGGACCUCGUUGAUAAGACGAUCGAGGCUGGAGUGCGCGAGCUGCGGAAGCACCAGGUCAUGCUGACGCGCGAGCAAUGGCUGAAGGAGGCGGAGAAGUGCGAGAGUGAGGGUAGCCCCAGGACAUGUGAGGCCAUCGUGAAAGCAACGGUGGCGAUGGAGAUCGAGGAGGAGGAUCGACUCGACACCUGGGUUGGAGAUGCAGAGAGCGCCGAAGCACGGGGUAUGGUGGGCACGGCGCGGGCGGUGCUGGCCUACGCGUUGAAAGUCUACCCUGACCGAAGAAGCUUGUGGCGGCGUGCCGCCGAACUAGAGAAGGCCCAUGGGACUACAGAAAGUCUUGACGCGAUCCUCUCGCGGGCGGUGGUGCACUGCCCCCAGGCGGAAGUAUUGUGGUUGAUGUCGGCAAAGGAGAAGUGGUUGGCUGGAGACGUACCGGCGGCGAGGCAAGUACUCGAGCAGGCCUUCGUUGCGAACCCGGAGAGCGAGCAGAUUUGGCUAGCUGCUGUCAAGCUCGAGGCGGAGAAUGGGGAAUUUGCAGUGGCAAGGCAGCUGCUAGUACGUGCGAGGACGGUCGCGGACACCGAGAGGAUCUGGAUGAAGUCCGCCGUGUUCGAACGCCAGCAGGGCCAACUCUCGGCUGCGUUAGAGACGCUUGAAACAGCGCUGAAGAAAUUCCCGAAAUUUGCGAAGCUUUACAUGAUUCAAGGUCAAAUCCACCAAUCUAUGGGUAACAUCGCCCUUGCACGAGCCUCCUUCGGUGCCGGCCUCAAAUCAUGUCCGAAGGAGCCCUCCCUCUGGACACUCGCAUCGCGGCUGGAGGAAGCAGACGGUAAAAGCAUUCGUGCUCGUGCCCUCCUGGAGAAGGCCCGACUCGUCAACCCCGCCAACGAACAUCUUUGGGCCGAAUCCAUCGGAGUGGAAGAGCGGUCCGGUGGUGCCGCCCAAGCCAAGGCCAUGCUUUCUCGUGCGUUGCAAGAGUGCCCCGCGUCGGGUGUCCUAUGGUCGAUGGCGUUGUGGGCGGAGCCUCGAGCUUCACGGAAGACCAAGUCCGUCGAUGCCCUCCGAAAGACGAAGGACAAUCCUUUCGUCGUGUGCACCGUCGCUCGUGUUCUAUGGGCAGAUCGGGCUGUCGAACGAGCCCGAGACUGGUUCGGACGUGCGACGGCAACCGAUCCUGACCUAGGCGACAUAUGGGCAUGGUGGCUGAAGUUCGAGAGGCAGCACGGGACGGAAGAGCACAGGGAGGUAGUUAGGACCAAGUGCAUCGCUGCGGACCCACAUCAUUCUCCUGUCUGGCAGAGUGUGACGAAGGACGUGGCGAACGUGGCCAAGAGCACCAGGGAGAUUUUGGAGAUCGUUGCGGAUCGUCUCCAAUAG